AGUUUCUCUCGAGACUUUUGUUGCUGACCGGAAGCUUUGCUUGUGGAAAGGGGAACAGUGCAUUUUUUAACAUUAUUUAGGGAGCGACUGUGUCAACAAAGCGAGCUAAGCAGAUAUUUAUGCUGCAGAGAUUUACAAAAUAGUCAAUUGAGUCGUCUUGUAGGUUGUAUGGUGUUAUUGGAACUGUUGUCUCAAAGACUUACACCUCUAAAAUCUCUAAAAUGAGCUCAAAAAGAGGAUCCUGGUUCUGAGAAUAGUUAUUAGAGUUAUCAGAGAGCAGCCAUUAAAAUGUGUGUGGAUUUUUUUGAUCGGGAUUCGUCCAUGGCUGAUCUGAUCUCUCUCGUCACCCCUCUCUGGGUUUAAAGGGUCCGGGGGGAAUGGGUGUCGUCUGGCUCUCUGGAUCAGGGCUUUCCCAAACAGCUUGAUAUGAAACCUCUGGUGAGAAAGGUUAUUUAAUGUGAGGUGUGUUAUUGUGUGGUCUCCAUUUGUGCGUUUCAGUACAUGUCCAUGUGCUCCUCUCCUCUGUUCGGAUACAGACCCUCUGCUGGCUGUUCCUGCUCAGUCUGAGCCUCCCUCUGCUGCUUUGGUUCGGACAUGUGAUCACACGGGACGGUCGGCGGACCCCUGCAGAGAAAAGCUCCGAGCUCAGGGGCUACAUGAGAAUCAGCCCCGGCAGGGUGGACCAGGUGAGAGGCAGGACUUCGGUUAGCUCCAAAUAAUGCAUGAACAUGUCUGGGUGUAAAGGCUUGGAGCUAAUAAAGCACGUUUAGAUGUAAAGCUCCUAUAAAGAGUUUUCAGCUAUUGGAGAAGUGGAAUGAAAUUAAAGCACCUAUAAGCAUCUUUAGCUAGCCAUAAAACAAACGAAUAUUGAUAUGCAGGUGACUUUUUAGUGUAAAGAAAAAACCUAGGCUAUGUUCACACUGCAGGUCAAUUCCGAUUUUUUAACCAUAUGUGACACGUAUCUGAUUUUUUCAUGUAAGUGUGAACAGUGCAAUUCUGAUUUUUUCAAAUCUGACCCAGGCCUCUUUUGUAUGUGGAUAUAAAUCAGAUAUGUAUCCGAUGUGACUGCAGUGUGGACGCUCAGGUUGUGUUCUUCCAACCUAUACGUCAUCGUUGUUCACAGAUGUAAGCAAAAGUUCUUCUUGUCAUCCGAAAAUUGUGUAAAAAAUUAACCAAAAUUAAGCCACUCCUGGCUCCAACUCCUCACCCAAACGCUCCUCUGAACGGACGUCGCAGAAAGUACCCCACAAACUGCCAAAGCCAAUAUUCUUGCCCUCUUCCUUCUCAAUGUCCUACGUAAAAUAACUUGGUUAGGAAAAUGUUGGCUCUGGCAACACAAAAUCCUUGAUAUUGCCACAAUUGAGUCUGGACUGAGACCUACACGAGGGGCCAUAUUUACUUCCGCAAACACACUGCAUCACAUCCUGCUUUGUGCGUAUGCGGGUCACUUCACGGACGCAUUCAGUUCACAUUAGAUGCCGCAUUUGUUGUUGUAAUGUGAACGACCGCACAAAAAGAUCGGAUUUAACAAAAAAUCUGAAUUGUGCAUCAUAACCUGUAGUGUGAACGUAGCCCUAGAAAACACAAUCAGCACUUAAAUCACCCGCUUCUAAAGGCUCAAUAACAUACUUUUAACAUACUUUUAAGUUUGUGGUUGUAGAGUGACAAAAUGUGAAAAAGUUCAAGGGGUAUGAAUACUUUUUCAAGGCACUGUAUAAUUAUUAUUAUUAUUAUUACUAUUUUUAAGUGGAAAUGCUGAUUUAGCAUUUCCACUUAUUGUUAUUCUCCUAUUUCUUUAUUAUUAUUAUAAUUAUUAUUAUUAUUAUAAUUAUUAAGUGGAAAUGCAGCAUUUUCACUUAAUAAUAAUAAUAAUAAUAAUAAUAUGGGGUUGAUUAAACUUGGGAUGUUUAAUCAACCCACUAAUUUUUUUUUUUAAUGAUUAGAUUUGAAGUGUGGUAAACUUCAGUGUACUGCCCAUCAAAGUUAGCCAACAAACCACAACAAAAUGCACUGUUUUAUACAUAUAAUUAUUAUUUUUAACUAUUUUUAAACACAAGCCGUGUUACAACAGCUCAUUUGCAGCGUGCUUGCGCAGAAACCAGAAUCUAUCCUUCACACCCUGUUCUCUUUCCCACAGUUCCUGGACAUGCACUGUAACCACUGUGCCUUGGUCUCCAGCUCAGGUCAGUUGCUGGGAGCAGGCGCUGGAGAAGAGAUCGACAAUACUGGAUGUGUGUUACGGAUGAACGAUGCACCCACACAGGGGUUCGAGAAAGACGUGGGGAGCCGCACCACUGUCCGAGUUGUGUCUCACACCAGCGUUCCCUGGUUGGUUAAAAAUGAGAGCUACUAUUUCCAGCAGGCAGUGAACACCACGUAUGUGUUCUGGGGUCCUGAGAGGAACAUGAGGCAAGACGGGAAAGGACAGAUUUACUCUGCUCUCUUGAAAGUAGUGAAGAAGUAUCCAAACGUCUCAAUGUAUGCUGUGACCAGAGAGAAAGUUGAGUACUGUGAUAAAGUCUUUGAGAACGAAACUGGAAAAAACAGGUAAAAAAAAACCUUCAAACAACUUCAACAACCUGUAAGAUUCAUCUUAAAAAGGUUUAUUAACAACAAAUACAGUAAUUUGCAUUCUUUGGCUUUUAUUUUGGUCAUGAAGAGUCAAAGUAUGUUUGUAAAGUACAUAUGAACAGAAGUGAGUACAUUUGGUGUCUUUCCCUCAGAAUGAAGACAGGAACGUAUCUCACCACCGGAUUCUUCACGAUGAUUCUGGCCAUAGAAAUGUGCGACAACAUCCAUAUUUAUGGGAUGAUCCAAGAUAACUACUGCAGGUGAGACAUAGUUUUAGGAUCCAAACCAAAUGUUGUGCAUGAGAAGUGGAUGUUGCCACGAUAUCAACAGUUUUCUGCAUUUAAAGAGAGAGAGAGAUCAGUAGAUAUAGACAAAGAUGUAGGUAUAAAUAUUUUUUUUUCCACAUUUGAGUCACAACCUGGUGUGUUGUGUGCCUUGUUAUAGCAAAGCCAAUCACAGUCCGGCUCCUUACCACUACUAUGGAAAGAUGUGGUUGGAUGAGUGCAAGAUGUACAAUUUCCAUGAGAACCGUCGGCGUGGGGGUCAUCGAUUCAUCACCGAGAAGGCCAUCUACGCUAAGUGGGCCACUCAGCACAAGAUCGAGUUUAAAUACCCAUCAUGGAGCCCCUGAAUGAAGAGUUGGAGGGUGAAUCUUUUUCCCCUACAGUGCUGUGCAUCUUUACUGGCUUUUGUUGCUCUUAGGUCAAGUUUUUAGUGUUGGCUAAGCUGGAACUUUACCAUAUUCAUGGCGUUGUUUUUGGUGGAUUUUCUGCUAGUCUAACCAAGUUAAAAGUGAUAGGGAGACUUACAUGAUUCUGGCUUUAGGUGGAUGAAAUUAUUUACAACCAUAAAUUUAAAAAGGUUACAAUUUCAGCAGAAUUUAGCUGUUACCAAGUGGGGAAGUCCGCCUUCAGUAUUACUUAAGAUGCCUGUUAUGUAAAUCCAUUUAUCAGUGUUGAUCAAGCCUCUAAAUUAGCAACCAAAUCCAGUUAUUACCAAAGCUUAUAGAUGUUCAUUUACUCGUACCUGUGCCUUGAUGUUCAGGCUGAUUUCGCACAUUUUAUAUUUACCGCUGCAGCUAUGAAUAAGCACUUUUACUUUAUGAAACAGGAGGUCUUAUGAUUCUUAUGAUAUUGGCUGUAACUGUUCAUUGUUUGCAUUGACAAUUAUUCUGCAGUUUAUUCUCUAAUGUAAUCGUGUCUUUAAAAAUAAGUAGCAAAGAAAUGUCAAAGUCUUAUAGGACUGAAAUGGACACAUUUCGCUCACUUCUUAAAACAAUUCUUUAAAUCCUUAAAUGACAUAAUGUUCAUAAUAUUUGCCUUUUUGCCUCCAGAGUGAUAGCUGAUUGCAAAAAAAUAACAGGGUAAAUGAAAUAAGUGAUAAAAUGAUUCAUUUUAGCUACCUUUGUUUUUAUGGUACACAUGUAAAAGCAUUUUCCCAGUGAAUUUGCACAGUAUUUUGCCUUAAUGCAUGACAGAAAACUGUUUAUAUCAUGUCUGUUUUAUGACAUGUGCCAUGCAGUGAAGCUUAAAUCUAAGAAAAUCCAAAACAACUUACUACUUUUGAAAAGAAAUGUAAGAGUAAUCUUGUUUGUGUUAUGCUUCAUGUAGAAGCUUGCUUGUCUUUUUCUCUAUUUGUUUUGGCCUCAAAGCUGCUGACCUGAACUGAGAAGGUUCAGUCAAAAAAAAAAAAGAAAAACAGACUGUAAAGCUGGUAAACUACUGUUACUCCUUUUUUAAAACUCUACCCCGAUUUCUUGCUCAGACUGCAACAAGUUAACACUGUUCAAGUGUUUGACAUUGCAAUCGUUAGCUUAUUGUUUAACCCUGAAUUGUUGAAUGUGCUCAUGUGAAUGUAGUGUUGCAAUUAUUCCACAUGGGAAAUCUGAAACACAAGUGCUAGAACAUGCAAUAUGUUUAUGUGGUGUCAUAUGUACACUUAAUCUUGAGCUGACGGUAAAAAAUACAACCCCAGUUCUAAAAAGUAGGAAUGUUGUUUAAAAUGUUCACAGGAACAGAUUUUGAUGAUUUGCAAAUCAACAAAUCCUGCAUUUAAUUGGAAAUUGUGCAAAAUCUAUAUCCAGAAAGAUAGCAUGUGCUCAUCAUAAAUCUGAUGCCAGCAAUAAACUAAAUACAAAAGUUGGGACAGGUCCAUGUUUUACUUUUAUUUGCAUCAACUCUUUUAAACAUCAUAAAGCUUAAACAGAAGAGACUAGUUUCCAAAAUUAUGAGAGUGAAAUAUCUUUGUCUUGCUACACAGCUAGCAAUCUCCCCUGAUAUAUUUUUCUGUCUGUUUUGAAUGCAGUGCCAAAGAUCAUCGCCACCUAGUAUUUGUUUUGUGCCUUGUCCAGAUUCUAUGAAUCUUAUAAAGAUAUUUUGUGCUGUGGAUGAUGAUAUCCCUAGUUAUUUGGGAUAUUACACUCAGGAAAAUUGUUCUGAAACUAUGUGCUCACACAGUCUCACACAAAGUGAUGACUCUCCCCCCAUCUUUGAUUCUGAGAGACGCAACCUCACUUGAAUGUCUUUUUCAAACCUUUUUCAAAUCAACCUAAAAACUGGGCAUCACAACUUUUUCCUUGCCCAACUUUUUUUUCUUAAUUUUGCUGACAUAAGAUUUUACAUGAAUAAACACUUGAUUUUUAAUUAAACAAACUGUCUCAGUUUAAGCAUUUGACAAGUAGUCUUUUCUCUAUCAUAAAUCAAAAACAGGGUUGAAAUGAUCAAUCAUCAGAAUCUGUUUUACUGAUGCUUUACACAGCUUCCUAACUUUUUGGAAAACUGGUGUUGUUGCAGUACUGGCCAUUUCUCAUUUCUUGUACCACGAACAGAAUUCAGCCAAGGCGUAAUCGAUGGCUAACAAACACAGUGUUAAAUACAAAAUGAUUUACUCGUCUUCUUCAUUUUGCUACCACUGAACCAUGUCAAAGCAAAGCGCUGCCUUUUUUUUGUUACUGAGUUUUCCAAAGACUGUAAUGGUUUUUGCACUUCUAAGAUAACUGCUGUGUUACAGUGUUUUCCAACUUUGACGUUACAUGUUGGCUGUAAAAGAUGUUGUUAAUGAGUUUUUGGUGUCCUCAGUUAGUGUAAUAAUGUGAACUUGAAUGUAAACUUUAAACACUUGUCACUGCUGAUUGGUGUCACCAACAUUGGUGUUACUGAGAAUAAACCUGCUGUCAAAUAAAA